GUUGAUUUGGGAAUAAUUGUGCCCUGUCCUUAAUGGAUUGUGGAAUUUCUCGACACUUUAUAUUUCUGCAUUGCAAUUAACGCCUAAUAUUUCCACCCCAAAUUAUGUAACUAUUCAUAUUAAACUAGCGUUUUUCCUUAUUCAACUUGGGUGUACUAACUGUGAAAUGCCGCAAAAAUCUCGCCAUCCUGUUUGUGGAUAUGAUGAGGUGCAGUUAGACGAUGGAACUAUCAGACCCAUGACAGAAGUAGAACUUCUUCAAAGGAAGAUUGAUGAAACAACCUCGGAUUCACUGGAAGCCUCUCGACGGAUGAUGGCUUUAUGUGAGGAGGCCAAAGAGGCAGGGAUUUCUACACUGGUCAUGUUAGAUGAUCAAGGCGAACAAUUGGAUCGCAUAAAUGAGGGUAUGGAUCAGAUUAAUCAAGACAUGAAGGAUGCUGAGAAGAAUCUGGAUGAUCUAAACAAAUGCUGCGGACUUUGCGUGUUGCCUUGGAAUAAAGUUAAAAAGAAAGAUGAUUAUACCAAACAACUAAAGGAUGAGGAUAUGCGGGGUGGGGACGGACCUCGAAUAAUUGUGGAUCAAAACGGCAUGGGUCCAACUGGUGGUUAUAUUACACGAAUUACAAAUGAUGCACGAGAAGAUGAAAUGGACCAAAAUUUGCAGGAGGUUUCUGGUAUGAUCGGAAAUCUUCGUAACAUGGCUAUUGACAUGGGUAGUGAAAUUAAUCAGCAAAAUGUUCAGGUUGAGCGAAUACAGAUCAAGAUUUCUUCAACUAUUUUAUGGGUCUGUGUAAGAGAUUGGUUGCCCUUUUGAAGUUGCUUCUGUGAUCCAUAACGUCAAGAUUCAAGUUGUCGUAGAGAUGUAGCACCC